CCCCAGGCAUCGCGGUCCGGGCCCCAGGCAGGCACCGCGUCAUCGGGCAAGGCAGGCGACGGGCACCGGGCCACCAGGCAUGACAGUGGGCCCCCGAGUCAACGGGCAUCGGGCCCCCACGGGGCACUGGGUCAGACAUCGGGGAUCAUCUGGAGGCGACAGCGGGCAUCGGGUCACCAGGCAUCAGGUCAUUUGGCUCGCCAGCGGGCACCGCGUCAUCUAGGGCAAGGCAGUGGGCACCGAGUCACCAGGCAUGACAGUGGGUUCUGAGUCAACUGGCAUUGGAUCGUCUGGUUCGACAGCGGGCAUCGGGUCACCAGGCAUCAGGUCAUUUGGCUCGACAGCGGGGCACCGCGUCAUCUGGCAAGGCAGUGGGCACCGAGUCACCAGGCGAGACAGUGGGCUCUGA